UAGGAAAGCUCCAUCUUAGCUGUGCUAUAGGCUGCGUUAAAAACAGGGACCUGAGCAGCGCUCUUCCAGCAUCCUCUCAGACAAGAGCCCCCAAAUCCCUGACAGCAGGCACACCAAGACAGUUCCUCAAGAAUGGCAACCCUCAACACCACUCACUGGAACGAGACUACAUCCAUUUCCCAGUAUCUGGGCUUCCAAGUGCAGAAGAUUUACCCUUUCCACGACAACUGGAACACUGCCUGCUUUAUUAUUCUGAUCAUAUUCAUCUUUACUGUGGUUUCUCUGGUGGUCUUGGCUUUCCUCUACGAACUGCUGGACUGCUGCUGCUGUGUGAAAAACAAGACUGUGAAAGACUUGGAGAACGAACCCAAUCCAGUCAGAGCAAUGCUGAACAGCUUCAGAAAGCGUGAGACAGAGGUGGUGUAGGAAGGACUGAGCAUCAGCACCCUGAAUGAAGCCUCUUGUACCUUACAGAUGAGCAAGUCCUGUGCUUUUAUUCAUUUGUUUUCCCUUUUGGAGUGAAAUAUAACAGCAACAGUUAUUGUUGUACCUAGCAAAGGCUUUUCUUAGCAGAAGGAUGAGCUGUUGCAAUCUUAUGGGGGAAGGAAAGGGUUUUUUUUUUGUCUUGAAAUGAACUUGGUGUUUCUAUGGAGUUUUUAGGAUAGAUCUUUGCCUACAUGAAGGAACAAAUGUUGCCUGAAGCACAUAAAACAAUGUUGCUUUACUGGAAAGGACCUUUAUAGAACUGCUCAACAAUCUGAUCAUACCUAGUGCAGGGACACAGCAGUGUCCUUUGCAGGGGGCAACCACACAGAGACAGGGAAGACACACAAGGGCUGAGAAGAGAGGCUGUGAGAUGGAAGGGUUGAAUGGUGAGAGGUCCCACCAGAUGGGAGAGGCUUGUGUGAAUUCUUGCCUGUGGCACUUCUGACUACGGGUUUCUUCCUUUUAGAAGAGAGGGUGUGGGGAUGAGAAGCCAACACGGAAUACAUCCCCUCAAGUGGGCUUUGCUAACCCCUCAGGGUACAAUUUGACCCUUUCUCCCUCCCCUUGUCCUGUUCCAGAAAACUGCUCUCCCCUUACUUGACACUCAGCCUGUUCACCAAGUUGUGAGUGUUGAGAUGGUGACCUUAGGAACAUCUCUCUACACAAACAGACUGUAGUGGUGCUAUGGCCUAGAAGAAAGAGAGACAUUGCUCUGCCCCAAGGCUGUGUCCAUAACAGGCCAGGGCAUCAGACAUGCUGGAUACUCCAUCCCUACUUAACUUCUGGAAGCUGAACUGGAAUUGCAUUCUCACACACCAGGAGAUGGGUGGCAGACCUCCUACCCUGAGAAGUCACCUCACUCCCUGCACACAGCUUUCAGGUCCUAAUGUGCUUCAGGAAGGAGCCCACACCAGGACUAGCCUGCUGCUGGAGGUGGCAGGACGGAUGCACAGAGAGAAGCGACUGCAUUCUGCACAAGAGAAUCCCUGCAAGCUUCACCAGCCUGUUGAUGCAUCCAGAGAGCUCUCACUGACACCCUUCUCAAACUGAUCAUGGACCCUCAGCUCACCAGAUCCUUUUCCUGUGUAGUUUCUAAGCCCAUCCAAGCUCUGCAGUUGUAACUGUUAACAACAGCAUGGCCAUCAGUGACACUCACUCCAUCUUUCACACUCCUGAGCCCCACAGAAAAGCAGUUGGGUAAGAAACAUUCCAGACCCAAGCUAAGCGUGGGACAAGAUAUUUAAUGAUGUUAAACCCAAACAAUAUUCCUGGUGUUAGGGAAACAAAAUACAUCUAAUGGCCAAAGAGACAGGAAAGCUACAAGAGUGAUCCUGCAGUUCACCCAUGUCAGAGAUACCUUUGUGCUGUGGCCAGUAUCUAUAAUUAUCUUUCUUUCAUAUAAUUAAACUCCUCAAUCAGGUGCAGCACAGCUGAGCUCCAGAAGAUCUGGACACAAUGAAAGACUUGCUCAUUUGAUUCAUGCUUGUUCUGGCUGGUGAAAUGGAGUUACAAGAUACUCAGGCUGCUAUAAACCAGUACAGCCAGUCCAGUGAUUCACCUGGAGAAGCAACCUCCCUUCUGCAAUCACUAAAUGCUACAACUGCUUCUGUAACCACUCAUCUCCCAUACAUUUAGGGUGAAGUUUUGCCAGUCCCAGGUGCAGAGAAUGCUUUUAGCUGAAGGAAAAGAAAAAAUAAAUCAAAGUAUAAGCACAAUUAAUGGAAACUGACCCCACAGGUACAAGCCAACACCAAGACACACAAUGAAGAUAAUGGGAAUGAUGCCAAUGCCUCCCACUGGCAAGGAGGCUGGGUAGAUGCCUCCUUAUUUUCUACCUAUCCUGAAAGAAUGAUGUCCUGCUUGAGAGGUAAAAGUAGCCCUUGGGAUCAGCAAAUUGAAGUGCCUCUUUCCUGAAAGCAAACCCUCUGAAGGUCAACAGGACUGCAGGCCACUCAGAGUGUUCCUGCAAAGCACUCCUCCUCGCUGCACACCAGAAGGCAGUGUGCAGGAAGCACCCUGGCUGGCCUCUGCCAUGCUGGCUUCACCUUCCUAUGCCUUCCUGAGAAGCACACACGAUGAAAAGUCCUGGGAUUCAUUCCAGCUGCUUAUUUCACAGAUCUUCAAAGGAGGAGACUGGGUGUCUGCACAAGGAAGAGAAGACAAAGAUCUCCCCUUGCACAGCCCUAGAGCCUCAGGACCAUUCAUUCCCAAGAGAUUUCAGCUCUUGAUUACUGUUGGCCAAUACCAUGAAGACAAAGGUCUUAAAGAUGAAGACCUUAGCCACAGCUUACUGUUCAUUAAUAAAAAGAAAUAAAGAGAUAUGAUCUGUAUUUUA